AAGGAUAACGGUUGGGAGGGCGCACACCGGGAGUGAUUUGUUUUAAAAGUAGAAAGCAGGGAAGUACUACUCUUUGUCCCACCCCUACUUAUAAGAGAGCCUUCAGAUUAGCUGAGAACUUGCGGUCUCCGUUUUUUAAUCUUUUUGUCAUGGAUGGUGGACUUCCUUUGCUUAAUCGUCUAUGGCAGCAAGCUCUUAGAAGCUUUUGUUCUUCAGAAAAUCCUGCUAACUCUUCCAAGUGGGUGUAUGCUGUUUUCUGGAGAAUCCUCCCUCGAAACUAUCCUCCACCAAGGUGGGAUGAUGGACAAGGGAUCUUAGACCGGUCCAGUGGAAACAAAAGAAAUUGGAUUCUAGUGUGGGAAGACGGGUUCUGCGAUUUUGAUGAGUGCGAGCGAAUCAGAAAUGCUUCUGGAAAGGGCAGCUUUGGACCAGACAUCUUCUUUAAGUUGUCACAUGAGGUCUACAAUUAUGGAGAAGGAUUAAUGGGGAAGGUGGCAGCUGAUAACAGCCACAAGUGGGUGUUUAGGGAAUUGCCCACACAUGCUGAUCCCAACCUUUUUUCUUCAUGGAAUGCAACACUUGACGUACCACCAAAGGCUUGGGAAUCGCAGUUCAAUUCUGGCAUCCAGACUAUUGCAAUUGUUGCCGUAAAGGAAGGUGUGGUGCAACUGGGUUCACUAGAUAAGGUUGCAGAAGAUCUUAACUUCGUGAUCAAUAUACAAAGAAAAUUUAAUUACCUUCAGAGCAUUCCUGGUGUCUUUGCUAUGCAACGACCUUACCAGCUUUCCUCAGAGCAUUAUAUCAAUAUGCUCAAGCAUAACCUGCAGCUUAGCGAGAUAUCGAGGUGUAGGAUGAGACUUGAUUGUGAGAAGGAAGAGGAAUUUGCAAGCAAGUCAGUUACUUUUGAUUGGGAUAACACCAUGAAGGACACCAUUUUCCAGUCCAUCCCUCCCCUUCUCCCAUCAAUGUCUUACAGUCUCGGGAUGCUUCUGUCUAGAUUACCUUCUGUGACUCCACCAAGCAGCCAUGUUCAAUCUCCAAGUACCGCUAGGAAUUAUGGUUUUCAAGUGCCAAAUUUAACUUGCAGUUAUAGUCAGAACUCUAAUGGGAAACUCAACAUAUCUGAAGUGCCAGAAAGCAAAUCCCAGCUCAUUAGCCCUUGCUCAAGCAAUCGGUAUGAGGAGACUGCAUUUGUACAAGAAUUCAAUGUUCAAGGUGCAGAACCAAGCAACAUUACUCCUAUGCUUUAACAGUGCCAUUCAUUACGAUUAUGUUGUCUGAAGUAAAUUGGGUCCCAAUGCCUGUCAAUUGCUUCAGUCAUUAUAUUAACAUGGAGGGAACUCAUAUGGGGCAAUAUUUUUUUAUGUGAUAAAUAUUUAUGCUCUGAUGUUGUGGCC